GUGGGACACGUGGGUGGACACAGGCUCCACGCCAGGGCUUAGUGACUCAAUCACGAAUGGGUUUUUGUGGAUCAAGAUGUGCCGCAGUUUUUGCCCUUUGCUUUGGUCAGUUUUGCUGGAAAAGCUCCAGAGCGUUCCAGAAAGCAGUGUGGCAAUAUGAUAGAAUUUAAUCAGGCUUAAUUAUUCCCCUGCUGCCCAUCGCCUAGCAACGUCCAGCUUGACAUCUGCCUGCGAAUGAAAUGUGUAAGCUAAGUGGGAACACGCUCAGACUGAAGCCCUACUACUCAAACCAGAUCACUCCGCUAAUCACUGCUGUAAUUCAUCUCACGGCUCUUAAGAGGCAGCGGCCGGGUACCUGAUUUCCAUACACACAGCACUCUCCUCCCUGGCUUUUUCCUGGCAGGGAACCUGUCUGACGUUGUGCUGGGCUCCUUCCAGCAUGCUGACACCUGAUAGCAUGGCGUAGGGUUUCCAAGUGACAAACCUGGGCACUGUGGCAAGCCCCAGCCUUGUCACUAUCUGCCUCUGUGCAACAGGUCUCUGCUUAUCCGGCUCCUUAUCGACAUCGGGUCAGCUGCUGUGCUCGCUGAGCAUGAACUCACGGCGCUUAGGUGAGAUUUGAACACAUCCAGAGUAGAUACAGGGUGGAGAACUUGCUCUACCCAGCCGGAAGGCUGCCGAGCUGAGGAAAGGGGCAAGCAAGAUGCUUGGUUGAUGGUUGGACUGGAUGAUCCUGUGGGUCUUUUCCAACCUUAGCGAUUCUAUGAUUGUAUGCGAGUGCUCGUGCUGCCCGAGCCUGCUGGGCUGGAGGCAGCUGCCUUAGCUGGGUGGGUGAGCACAGCUGGUGUCAGAGCGUCCCAUGGAGCACGGGGUGCUGGGAUGCAGAUCUGGCCCCUCUCCACCCCUUGGGACGGUUGGUGCCAACGAUAUCUGGGCGUCAGCAUGAACGCGUUCAGCUUCUGCAGCGUGCAGUUGGCAUCUGAAGGUCCCAGCAGCACUCCUUGUGGAGGACGGAGGAUCGGUCGCGUAGCAGAGCGGCUCUGAUGCGAAGAUGGGACUGCUGGUGUUCAUGCGCAACCUGCUGCUCGCCCUCUGCCUGUUCCUGGUGCUGGGCUUUCUGUACUACUCCGCCUGGAAGCUGCACCUCCUCCGCUGGGAGGACUCCAAUUCAGUGGUUCUUUCCUUUGACUCCGUUGGACAUACAAUAGGCUCAGGAAGGAGAGAGAGAAAAGCUGUGGCCAUUGUGCUUCCGCUGUCCAUCCCAUCUCACCUUGCUGCAGACCCAGGAAAAGACAGAGCCCAGAAAGAACCCAAAGAGACAAUGGCAGCUGCAGACCCAGCCAUUCCCAAGUAUGACAAACUGGGCUUUCUCCUGAACCUGGACUCAAAAUUGCCUCCAGAAUUGGCAUCUAAGUAUGCAAAUUUCUCUGAGGGAGUGUGCAAGCCUGGUUAUGCAUCAGCACUCAUGACUGUCAUCUUCCCAAAGUUCUCGAAGCCGGCACCAAUGUUCUUAGAUGAUUCCUUCAGGAGAUGGGCUCGUAUCAGGGACUUUGUACCCCCCUUUGGAAUUAAAGGACAAGAUAAUUUGAUCAAAGCCAUCCUGUCAGCAACCAAAGAUUACCGUCUAACUCCAGCUCUUGACAGUCUCAGCUGCCGACGAUGUAUUAUUGUGGGAAAUGGUGGAGUACUUGCCAAUAAGUCAUUGGGGCUAAAGAUUGAUGACUAUGAUGUUGUUGUCAGGCUGAACUCGGCUCCGGUGAAGGGGUUUGAAAAAGAUGUGGGUGGCAAAACAACUCUCCGCAUCACAUAUCCUGAAGGUGCAAUCCAGAAGAUGGAGCAGUAUGAGAAGGAUUCCCUGUUUGUCCUGGCAGGAUUCAAAUGGCAGGAUUUCAAGUGGCUGAAGUACAUUGUUUACAAGGAGAAAGUGAGCGCCUCUGAUGGCUUUUGGAAGUCAGUGGCAACCCGUGUCCCCAGAGAACCUCAUGAGAUACGUAUCCUGAAUCCCUACUUCAUCCAGGAGGCAGCUUUCAGCUUCAUUGGACUGCCUUUCAACAACGGCCUGAUGGGCAGAGGGAACAUCCCCACCUUGGGAAGCGUAGCAAUAACCAUGGCACUCCACAACUGUGAUGAGGUGGCGGUCGCUGGGUUUGGCUAUGACAUGAGUUCACCCAAUGCGCCACUGCACUACUAUGAGAACAUCAAGAUGUCUGCCAUCAAAGAGUCCUGGACGCACAACAUCCAACGGGAGAAGGAGUUCCUGCGGAAGCUGGUGAAAGCCCGAGUCAUCACGGACCUGACCAGUGGGAUCUGAGUGGCUGCAGCCCCUGCCUCAAAGGGAGGAGAGGAAGACAUACGCUGCGGCUCUGGGAGCAGGCACUGGCAGCCCCCCACAAGAAUCCCACUUCCCUGGAGACACACAGAGAUGCCCGGGUGCUCUGGGAAGGCCCUCUCGCAUCGCCGGGCUGCAGGAAGGUUGCAUCUGCUGCCUCCAGUCCUGGAGCUGGCAGGAGGCGGGCGAGGGGCUCAGUGGGCAGUUCUUGAACUCUGCAUCACAGACGGAUCUUCUGUGUCCAGAAUUAAACAGGAAAGACUCAGGAGAGAGAAGAAAGGUUUGUGAAUAAAGCGAUUUGUGCCAAAUGGGAGGUGACGCUGCCCCGAGGCAGCAGUGCCUGAAUGUACAAAGUAGUAUUUUUUAAAAGAAACUCUGCUGGAAUCAUCGUAGAAUUACCAACGUGCAAAGCAAGUCUGCUUGUGCACAGCCCUGCAGAAAGCUCGGCCUCACCACAUCCCAUCUGCAUUCUCACUGCCCUCAGACCUUUCCCCAGGAAAACAAAUCCGUCCAAACCGUCAGUGUUGUUGGUGCUGCUAUAAUUUAAAGGGAGGUUGGCUUCCCCUCCUUCUCCACUUGGAGCUUCUCAUUGGAGAUGAGCACGGGUUUGUUUUUCUGCACUUUUCCUCCCUUCCUGCAUAGAAGCGGCGGCGGCAGCCACUCACUUGGCUGUGUUUUCCAUAGCUGUUUGCUCUGCCCUGACGCUGGAACUGGUGGCUCUCUGCCUGCAGCAGGCCCACCGUGCCGCCUGUCACAGCGCUGCGGAGCCCACCUCGUCGUGCUCAGGGCUGUCAGGUCCGUGCUUGCUGUGCAGAGCCCUCGUGGAGUCCGUGCAGAUCGGUGUCACCACUUCUGGACAGCAUCCUGCUUUGUUUUUGUGGGGGAGAUCAGUGGUUUGUUUUUUGGAAGGAGGUCCGAUGCUGCGUGGGGAUCUGAAGCUUUGCAUAUUGAAGACCAGGCCACCGAAGAUGUUUUAUGUUCCGGACUCGAUCAUGUUCCCUAUUUAAGUGACUUGUGACCUCAGCAAUGAUGGAGCGUGCUGGCAAGUGUGGGGGCCUGCUGGGAACCCUCACCUUCUGCUCGGCCCCUGCUCAUUUCAUGUCCAAGCUCCUCCCGUGCUGCUCGAGCGCUGCUGCUCCUCCUGCUCUCAGGAGCACGUCCCUUCCUUUGCUGUCUUGGUCCCGAGAUGCAGUAUUUGCACAUUUGAUUUGUGUACGUAUUUCAGAGGAGCUGGAAUAAACUGAGCGCCGUGGCUGAGUGCAAGGACAGCGGGAUGAUCUCGUCCACCUGGAGAGCGUGGGCAGGAGGGGGACUGCUGAGGGAAACUGUGGUGCACCCUCUGAGCCACGUCCCCGUGUCGAGGCCACCGCUGGGGUUGGUGGAGGUGAUCCUGCAGGGAUGCUGGCUGGGUCAUGGUGCUGUAUCUGGCAUAGUCCGAGGACUGCAGCUUGCCUUGCUCUGAGCUGAAGGGAGAACGUGUCCCUGGCAUGGACAGGAGAUGCUCAGAGAAGGGCUUGCGCGGGCCUCUUUUCCACUGACUUGCCAGGGCUGAGACUCAGACGAUGUGCAGGAGAGGCAUGCAGUGACCCAGGGAUUACAGGCCGCAGGAGGCAGAGGGAUGCUGGGAGUUUCUCCCUUCUGUUCUCCUUCCAGUUUCCCUACUCCUGUCCCCCUCCCCUGCCAGCCAGGCGCUUCCUGCUGCCUCAGGUCUGUGCUUGCCCCAGGAUGCUCCGUGAGGUGUCCAGCCCAAAAAGAUGGGCUUUCCAGCAGAUUUGGAGCAUCUGCUGUAGCAGAUAACUCACUUGGGUACUCUCCCUCCCGUAGCAAUUAGUAUGUGGCAGCCUGGGCCCAGGAACCAUCAGCAGCAGAGGCUCUGCCACAGCAGCAGUGGAGGUGCCUGGGCUGGACCUGGCCCUGAGUUGGACCUAAUGCUUGAACUGGGUCUUCAGCUGCUGCUGUGGGAGCCCCAGUGGGUUGUGCUGGGUCCCAUCCACGUGCUGCAGGAGCUGAGCUGCCAGAGAGCAGGGAGCUGCAGCCGGAGGGUAAAGAGCCUUCGGUGUCAGUGCUGGGCUCCUCACUACCACCAGAGGUGCUGUGGAGGGAGCCCCAUGGAGACCUGUGAUAGCAUCAGUUUGAUUCACUUGCUUUUAUUGAACACUACAAAGCUGUGGGGCACCGUUAUGUUCCAGCUCACUGGCUCCAGGCCCAUGGAGGGUGCUCCGCUUUCCCUGGCAUCCCAACUCCCCACCAUGGCUGGGGACAAGUCCUGAUGGGAAGCUGUGCCUGCCGCCCGGGGUGGUGACCCCAGGCUUUUCCCUGCACCCUGGUGGGGCACCCAGGAGCCGAGCACGUGGCCCAGGGCCACCUGCAAGCAGAAGGAGAGAAGAUGGAGGUGCUGGGGGACCACAGUUCCCCCCGUCUCACUGUCUCAUUGACAUGGGUGAGACGAGCGCAACCACAGAACGUCCCGUGGCCAUGCCCUGGGGGUGAUGCCGGCACAUUCCGCCUCCCACCCCAGGGCAGCACACGGCACUGAGUUUCACUCCUGGCAGCUGCUCCUUCGGCUGUCUCCUCGCGUGCACCUGCAGCCACCUCCCGCCCUCCGAAACACAGCAGUCCUGCCAGCUCGGAGCGGUGCGCGGGUCAGGGCAGGGUCAGUGGGACGGAUGCGAGUCUCGGCCUCUCCCUCACCGUGACUCACCUUUUUCAGCUCGGAAAGGAGAGCCCAGGGGAAUUCUCCAAGGCCUAAAUAUAGAGCGGGUUUGCCUGACAGCUCUGCCACGCCGCUGUGCAGAAAGGCCAUCGGGGUGGCAGGGAAUCUGCCAGGGGAGAGGCUGGGGAGGGCAGGGCUGGGGAAGCCCCAUGCCAGCAGCUGUGGCCGUGCUGCUGGUGCAGGGCUGGGGCCGGGGGCUGCGGCGGGACCGAAGCCGCUCCUUUGGUGCAGGCCAUGCAGCCACCUCCCAGGCCGGGGCUCCUCCGCAGCCCGAGGUGACACAGGGACCCUCUCUGAGUGCUGUGAGCUCCCCCGUACUGUGCCACAGCGAGGUACAAGAACUCAGCGAGUUUUUAAAACCAGUUUUAGUUUCUGCAGGUUUUUGUUGUUUUUUUUUUUGUUUUGUUUUGUUUUGUUUUGUUUUUAAUUUCCCCUCUAGGCAGGGAGGUGGGAGUCUCGCAGGCUCCUCAAGCCGGCUUAUGUCACAUCAAUUCAGUCAUAUCACAGAAGCAAUAAAGCUAUCAAACAAGC